CCCGGACGUCAAAGGUUGUUGCACCGUGAAUGCAUUUUCGUUACGUUCCCGUUUUCCAAUGGAUUGACAUCAGCCAUCAGAGAUGCUGCUGAAAGAUCUGCCCAGGGAGGCCCUGAUGCGGCCGUUAUCUAGGAAUGAAGUGGUUGGCAUGUUGUUCAGGUUGACCGUCUUUGGUGCCGCCACGUACUACAGCAUCAAAUGGGUCUUAGAUGCAAUGGAUCCUACCUCCAAACAGAAAAACCAAGCCAAGAAGAGGGCAGAGCAGCUGAUGAAGAGGAUUGGUGUUGAGGGGGUCAGACUUACAGAAUAUGAGAUGAACAUUGCAUCUCAUCUAGUUGAUCCACAAACUAUGAAGGUAUCCUGGAGAGAUAUUGCAGGUCUGGAUGAAGUUAUCAAUGAGCUUCAAGAUACAGUCAUCCUGCCCUUUCAGAAGAGACACCUUAUGGCGAAUUCCAAACUAUUUCAGCCUCCCAAAGGUGUUUUAUUAUUCGGUCCGCCGGGCUGCGGUAAGACUAUGAUUGCCAAGGCAACUGCCAGAGCGUCGGGAUGCAGGUUUAUCAACCUUCAGGCCUCCACGCUGACUGACAUGUGGUACGGCGAGUCACAAAAGCUGACUGCGGCAGUCUUCUCGUUAGCUGUCAAAAUUCAGCCUUGUAUUAUCUUCAUCGAUGAGAUUGAAUCAUUUCUAAGGAAUCGCUCCAGCAUGGACCACGAGGCCACAGCCAUGAUGAAAGCCCAGUUCAUGAGCCUAUGGGAUGGCCUGGACACCUCAUCAACCACCCAGGUUAUGGUGAUGGGAGCCACAAACAGGCCGCAGGACGUGGAUCCAGCCAUUCUCCGCAGGAUGCCCACAACUUUUCAUAUCGGCUUGCCAAACACAAGGCAGAGAGAAGACAUCCUGAGACUCAUCUUGGCAGGAGAAAACCUGAGCAACGCAAUCAAUCUGAAGGAGAUUGCUGAGAAGACAGAAGGCUACUCUGGGAGUGACCUCCGGGAGCUCUGCCGCGACGCUGCCAUGUACCGAGUACGGGACUAUGUCCGCAAGGAGCAGAUGAGGCAGAUCGCUCAGCAGCUGCAGGACUGCCAGGAGGAGGAAAGACCUGUGGAUGAGGAGCGGUUGCGACCAGUCACUCAGCUGGACCUCCUCUUCGGCCUGGACAAGAUGAAGGAAUCAAAGAAAGUCACAACCUUCAUGCUACCCAUCGUAUCAGAGGUUGCUCUGGAUUAAACACCAUCUGUGGACCACUGAGGAAAAGAUAAUUCUUCCAAGCUCUGUCCACAGUGCGUUCCAACUUGCCAAGCUGAGACUCUGAGAGUGUUAGAGGUGUAGUUGAAAAAGGCAGCAGACAGACAUGCUUUUCUUAAACCUAGUUUCCCAGACAGGGAGUUAUUCUGAGCAUGCUUAUCUUAAAGGACACACGUCAUGUGUACAGUUACAACAUAUUUAGAGUUAUGAGGUCAGUCUCCUUUGAAAAGCACGCAAGGGCACUGUGACAGCUUGUUUCAGAAGAAUACAAAGCAAAGACCAUUUUAAAAUCACCAAAUGAUCCUACCUGCUGUAAAGGAUUCAUACAUAACCCUACCACUGACUUCCAUAUGAUGAUGAUGUUUGGGAACUUCACUGUGUGUUUUCAGAUGAAGGUAAUCCUUCGAGUUCCAAAUAAGCUUUUACACCAAUCUUUGAUUUUUGGGGGAGUAAAAAAAAAAAGCAACCAUCUAAAUCACUGUACAGUCAUAUUAUGCCAACACUCUGGAAGGAAUAUUUCAGCUUCACUUUGAUGCUGUUGAGUCACACACAGCGUAUGUUCUGCAAAAGUUCUUAUAUGAUAGCAAAGUGUCCAGCAAACACAAGGAAUUUUAGCUUCAGGAGUAGCAGUGUCCAGAAAAAGAGGCAGAAUCAGACAGUUGUGCACGCUCUACUGCAUUACUCUUUAAAACAGAAGAUUGAAGUUUUACUAUUGGAAAUCAAUUCCACUUCCAUUUUGCAACCUGUGUCGUUUUUAUUGAUCCCUGUCAGAUUAUAAUGGAAGUAACUGUCACUUUGUUUUGGUUGAUACUCAUAUUUCACAUUUUAUUUUCCAAUGGCGAAUUAACUUUUUUUGUUGUGGUUGUUGUUUUGUGGGUUUUGUUUUUGUUUUUUUAGGUGGUUGGUUGCAUUCUUACCUUGGAAAGUAAGACGAGAAUGCAUAUACCUCAUUUGAUCCUGUAGUUAUGUAUUACUCAUGUACAGUUGUUGCUCCCAAGGAGCAUUUUGAAGAAUAUUUCAUUUGAAAUUCGUUAAGAUGUAAAUGUCUACUGCAUGUUUUUAGAUGUAAAAUCAGCUCUUCUGUAAAUGGCAACAAACCAUGGUGUAACUGUAAGGUUCACAGGCAUUUGGUGAUGGAAUUAGGGAUAUAAUUUUGUAAUUUGGCCGCUGCGCACCACCACAGUGGGUUUGAAAGCACUGGUGAUGUGAUUAGAAUUGUAGAAUUUCAGGUUUAACUGAGAGUGUUGAGCAACAGUGUUGCAAAACUAUUUUAAAGCCAUUUUAAUGUUUUCAUUUCCAAAAAGUAGGAGUAGCUAGGAUAUUUUUUCAUUCAUUUACAACAGUUAUUGCACAAUUUUUAGACUCAAGCCUAAAAGAGACCUUUUUAUUCUUGUGAAGAAAAUGCCUGAGCAUUUGGUCGUGGGGAUUGCUUCUACACACACUGACCUCAUUACUUGAAAUUAUGGCCAUGUUUGAUGUUUUCAUCCAGUACUGUGGCAUUAUAACAAAUAAUAGGUCCUCUUUAAAAGCACACUCAUGGCCUCACUAUUUCUCGCCAACAUCACACUCUUCUGUUUUUCAGUCCUUUCUCCACUCCUCUUACCUGACCUCUUUUCUUGUGAAUUAGGUAACCUUAGCCUGCUCACUGAGGAGAGACGACUAAACGAAACGCGAGUCUAAGACAACAAAGAUCUCUCGUGGCACUGUUAGAGCAGUCCUACAGGUGGCAAUAUUACCUCAGUAAACAGACUUUUGCUUCUUUUGGAUCUGCCAGUCCAAAGAGUAGCUGAGGGCAAGUGGCACAGUUAUCGCGUUGUUUUAAAAACCAAAACUUUGUAGAGCUUUUGAGAAAGCGCCAGCAACUGGAGCUCCUGAACCCCAAACACAACCUUCACUCUUCUCUAAAAGCAAUCUUUGUUUGUGUGUUGUUAUUUACAAGGGACUCUGACAUGUCUGAAUGCAAAUUGCAAAGCACUUUUCAUGUGGAACGAGGGUCACUGUAAUAGAAAAUACAGCUGUAGUGAUGAGUGAUGUGAUCCAGGAGCAGCAAUAAAAGAAGAAUAAUGACAAUAAUCAUCAUCUUGUAAAUAAAAGUAGGAAUCUAUUUAAUUGUUGGAUCAAAACUCCGUCCUUUUCAGUAGAUCUGUGGUUUGUAAAACUGGAAGCAAAAUGUUGGGUUGGAGUUGAGGCCAAGAUUGAAUAAAGCUGAAUGUGAUGUAUUC